AUGAUCCAGACACAGUCCAUGAUCCAGACACAGUCCAUGAUCCAGACACAGUCCAGGAUCCAGACACAGUCCGUGAUCCAGACACAGUCCAGGAUCCAGACACAGUCCGUGAUCCAGACACAGUCCAGGAUCCAGACACAGUCCAGGAUCCAGACACAGUCCAGGAUCCAGACACAGUCCAUGAUCCAGACACAGUCCAGGUUCCAGACACAGUCCGUGAUCCAGACACAGUCCAGGAUCCAGACACAGUCCAGGAUCCAGACACAGUCCAUGAUCCAGACACAGUCCAGGAUCCAGACACAGUCCAGGAUCCAGAGACAGUCCAGGGUCCAGAGACAGUCCAGGGUCCAGAGACAGUCCAGGAUCCAGAGACAGUCCAGGGUCCAGAGACAGUCCAGGGUCCAAACAGUCCCGGGUCCAGAGCAGAUGGAGGCAGAGCUGCAGAGAGCUGCCUUCCCUGUGGUCACAUGA